CAUGAAAACAAACUUUAGAAAUAAAUUUCUUCGCUUUUCUUAAUCAAAUCAAUGUAAAAUGUCUACUCCCUAUCUAAAAUUAAAGCAGCCGUUGAACGAGUAUGCGUUACUAUGCCGCGGUUGCUUGGCCGAAUCAGGCGAGAUGAAGAAUAUGCAGGAAUGGGGCUUGGCGGAUGACUUUUACAGAAUUGCCGAGGUGCCAAAAAGAGACAAUGUGACUGAACUUCUAUGUACAAAUUGCGAAGAGAGCUUGUUGCGGUGCCGGGGCUUCAAACAGCGGUGUCAGGACUCAGACGCCUUCCUCAAGGAUACUGCUAAGAAAAAAACUCCAGCCACAUCAGAGAAUACCAUAACCUGUGUCCUAAACGCCAACAAACUAAACAUUAUAAUCACAGCCCAAGACAUGGAAUCUAAGAUCCUCCUCCCCUGCCCAUACGCCGUCGGCAAUAAAUGCACCGAGAAAUACUUGAAGAAGAGAUAUUUGUAUAACCAUUUGGUAAAACAUCACGGCUUGUCGGAGAAGCUGGUUAUAGAAUGCGAGUAUUAUUGCACCUAUGAGGAGUGCUCGUACUUCGUCAAUGCAGGUAAGAACAAAUUUUUCACCGAACGAAAAUACCUAAAUCAACAUUACAACAAAGUCCACAGAUCAAAAAUAAUCUGUGAACAAUGCAGCAUGAGCUUAACCGGCGCAGAAUACGAACGACACUUAAAAGUAUGCAACGUCACAUAUCUGUGUCAAAUAUGUAAUACAGAGUAUAAGAAUAACGAACGAUUACUUGUACAUCUAAUGAGGAAACACCCCCAAGUACAUGAGGAAUAUAAAAGAGGGCGUAAAAAGAAAAUAUCAGAGACUACCACAGAGUGUAAAAGGAUCAAAAUCGAAGAGAAACUUGAAUAUAUCUGUGACAGUCCUAAAAGGACUUUGGCUACUCAAACGCGUCCAGAAGAAAAUAUAAAAAACGACGUUGCUUUACCUUCAUGGAAAAGUGAUGGCGAAGCGAAAACCGAUGAGAUUUCAACGCAAACAGUCUUCGAAGAUUUACUCUCACUUAAAUCUCAAACUAGCGAAGAUGACUCAAUAUUCUUUUCUGAAACAGUCUCGUUAUCUGACAUUCAAACUCAAACAUUCCCUAUAGAAUUCGGUUUAAGUAGAUGUAACAAGCAGACGGCUACUGAAACGCAGUCUCCUGAUUUAAGUAUAAAAGAAACGCAGACGUGUCUAUGCCUGUAUGAUUCGAAAUUCAAAUUGUUUGACAGCGUGUCUUCGAGUCCGUUGACUCUGACGUCAACGGAGACUCAGACGGGAGACAAAUUUGAUAUGAAGGAUGAUAUGUUGUUUCAUUCUACUGAAACGCAGACUUGCUUUGAGGAGGAGUUGUGACAGUGGUCUUAUUUUUCACUGUAAGUUGCACAUUGUAAUAUCU